AUGCCUAAACGUGCUUCGGAAUCAUCAACAAUAGGAUCUAAUAAAGCUAAGAAGCAAUUAUCAUGUCAAAGAUGUCGAACAAGAAAAGUUAAAUGUAAUUAUGAAAUUCCAUGUUCUCAAUGUGUUAAAGCAGGAAAAGAAUGUAUUCAAGUUGCAAAUGAUUUAAGAAAAAUUAGACCAUCAGCAACUUAUGUCAGUGAAUUGGAAGGUAAAUAUGAUCAUUUAUAUAAAAUUUUAAUUGAAUUAAAACAACGCGAAUCAAUUGAAGCUAAAGCAAAUUUUUUAAAUUCAAUUGAUUUUGAUUCAAUUCAAGCUCCUAAACAUGAUACAGUAAUUGAACAUCAUGAUGAUAUAGAAGAAAAUAGUGCAUUUUAUGGUCCAACUUCAGUUUAUGAUGAUCAUAUAAUUACAAACAAUUCCAAUUCAGUUAAAAAGGAUAAAGAAGUUAAUGAAAUUAAUAUAUUAAAUAAAGAUAAAGAUGUUUUAAAUUGUUUACAGUUAUUUUUCACUUGGCAGUAUCCUGAUCAUAAUAUGUUUAUAUUUAGAGAAGCAUUUUUAAUUGACUUUUUUGAUCCAAAACCAACGAUGUUGUAUUGUUCAAAAGUUUUAAUAUUAAGUAUUUGUGCCUUGGGUGCAAGAAUGUCUGAUGAUGAAAAAGUUUACAAGAAAUCCAAGCAGUAUUACAAUGAGUCGAAAAAGAUUUUGUUAUCUACAUUUAGUCAACCUUCAAUUACAAGUUUACAAAGUUAUAUGUUAUUAGCAUUUUUUGAUAUUUGUAAUGGACUAAAUUCAAGUGGUUGGAUGUUAUCCGGAAAUGCAAUGAGAAUGGGAUUUGAUUUAGGUUUCCAAUUAAAUCCAGAAGUCUGGUUUGUUGAAUCAAAAGGUAAUUUAAGUAAAUUAGAUGUUGAUAUUAGAUCAAGAAUUUAUUGGGGAUGUUAUAUGGCUGAUCAUUUUAUUAGUUUAUUAUUAGGGCGUCCAUCGCUUUUAAAGAUUUCUGAUGCUUCAAUACCUGAAACAAAUGAUUUACCAGAUUUAGAAUGGAUUGAUGAUUUUACAUACGAAGGUCAUUUAAAAAAUAAAGGGUUGGAAAAGCCUAAAUCAAAUAUAUCGUAUAUAUCUGAUCCUUUAAAAAAGAUCAUAAAUUUAAUUAAUAUAUCGGACAACAUGUUGAAUGAUAUUUUUACAAAAUCCGAAACUAUCGAUGAUGAUGAUUUAAAUUUAGAAUCAAGAUUGGAAAAAUUAUCGGAAUAUAAUACACAAAUUAUGCAUUGGAAAGAUACAUUACCUCAUGAUUUACAAUGGGAUAGAAAGAAAUUGAGUGCUACUGGUGAUAAUCCAACUUAUUCAGGUAUACGAUAUUACUAUUAUAUUUUAAUAUUAUGUUUAAAUCGACCAUUUGUUGGAAUUGAUCAUGAAAAAAAUAAAUAUUCACCAUUGUUGAUAUGCCAAAAUGCUAUUGAUGAUUUAUACCAAUCAAUUAAUAAAUUCCAAUCAGAGCAUGGUUAUAAAACAGUUUCAAUUUUCAUUGUUUAUUCAUCAAUUUUAUCGAUAUCAAUAAUAUUAUUAACUAAUAAACUGAUAAAAUUGGAAAGUGAAGAAAAAGAAAGAUUACAAUUUUUUAUGGGUGUUUUACAGGGAUGUUCAAAAACAUGGAAGUUGGCUGAAAAAUCAUAUAAUUUAAUCAAGGAUAAACUUAGACAUAGAAACGAUGCUGGAGAAUUACUUGAACCAAGUGUCAAAAUUGAAACGCCAAAAUCAACUGAUUUAAAUUCAGUAGAUUCAAUCAAUGCAGAGAUUUUAUUUGAUGAAAAUUUGGAUUUCUUAGGUGGACCACCAGUUUUAAUGACGUCAGAUUUAUUUAAUGAAGAUUGGGAAGCUUUAUUUCCUGAUUAUAUAUUUCAUUCUAAAAAUUAA